AUGAAGACCGGACAUGCCAGCAUCGUCCUCACAGCCUCGAUGGACUCCCUCGUGGCCGCCCAUGACGACGUCUUUGCACGGGCUCCUACACCACUACCAGCUAGAGUCAAGCCCGCAGAUUACAGGCCUUGCCCGACCACUCUGACGAAGACGGGGAAUGGGAGACUUGAUAGGUGUACGACUACGAUCUUUGAGAGGACGAGGACGGAGGGUGUGGAUCGUCGGGGGUGUAGGAAUUUGGUGACGACUACGACUUAUCCGAUUUUGUUUGGGGUUGGGCCGGCUUGUGUUGGAGGUCAGAAGACCGUGUCGGAUGCGGGCACGACGACGGUCACGAGUUGUAAAGCUACGAGCACGGCGCCGUCGGCGUAUUAUCCCCCAGAGGCGACGAAGUAG